CGCCGACAUUUGUGUUUGACAUUUUGUACAUUUUUCACUCCUCCAAAUCAGUGUUGAGUUUAAUUUUAUUUGUAAAAAUACUUUAAAAUAUAUUUGUUUCAUUAAAAAUGGAAUUAUUAUACAGUGUUAAGAAGAAAAAAGUAACUAUAAGCAAUUGGUCAGUUCCAAACAUUCCCACUACAUGUAAAGUAUCGAGUAAAAAUAUUGUGGCAUUCGCCACUGCCAACCAAAUCACUGAAACUCUCACCGCCUCUGCCGAAUCUUGGGGUUCUCAUGUGUAUGUCUGUGAUAUUAUAGCCCCGUGGCAUGUAUUUAAAGUGUGUUCCAAUAAAUAUCCAAUCACUGUUCUAGAAUGGAGCAUCAGUGGUAACUAUUUACUUACCGGCGAUACUGGAGGCUAUGUUAAAUUGUGGCAACAAAAAGCACAACUCAUCAACGAUUGGAUACCUGUUUAUUCGGUACAUUUUGAAGGUGAAGAAGUUAUUAAUUGCAAAUUCUUUCACAAUGGCAGGAAAUUAGUGUUUCCUUCUGAAAAGAGAGAUGUUGCCAUGUAUUUGGAUAAAUUUGUGCGAAUUAAGUAUCCUCCAUCUGUUCGACAGUUUGGUGGUGUCGGAGCAGAAGGUUGUUUAGUUGUAACCUCCUCUGGGUUAUUGGGAGCAUUUCUAAUACCUCAGUUGAAAAAUACAAACUGCAAUAGCAACGGAGAAGGCCCACCAGUUGUCCCGCCAACUGUCGAACUCAGCUCAGUGACUCAUAGUCUCGGACUUACCCGAAACUUUAUUACCACUGUCACAGUGGCUCAUGGAAAAACAAGCAAUCCCUCGAGUGGACACUUUAGAAUCGCCAUCGCCAGUGGCGAGCAAAAUAGAAUGAUGAUUCAAUGUUUCCGCAUAAUGAUUCAGUUAACCGAUGGCAAACCAAUCAUAACAAGUCAAUCUUUGCCAAGUUUUUUCCUCUACGAAGGCGCUGGUCGCGAUAUUGCUGAUUUGAAGAUAUCUCAGCUGCGCUGGGAGACCGAAGACGAGGCCGAAUCAGUUAUUGUUGUAGCAAAUAACUACGAGAGUAGUUUUGUAGAACAAUGGACGUUGGUGCAGAAAAUCACUCCAAUACAUAAAUUUCUGCAAAUAAACAAGACAGAAGUAUUUCAGAAUACUUCAUGGAAGAAUGUAGCUAGUAUGCAGUAUCCUAAUCUUGUGGUAGAUAUAUGCGUAUCGAAGGUGGUCUUUGAUAAUCCAUUUGUAUUUCUGAUGAUGAGCGAUAAUUCAAUUCAAGUUUUGGGUAGAGGUUUUAAGAAAUUUACUUCAUCAUUGCCGGUGAAUAAGUUAAUCGAGACGGAUAUCUCGUGUAGACAGCCAAGGACUGAAAUUAAAUUGGCUGCAUUGGAUGUAACAUUUAUGGGACAUUUGUUGGUAUGCUUUGAUAAUUGCGGACAAAUGUAUGUGUUGAAAGUACCACAGGCAUAUCAUGAACAGUGCACUAAUCAAAUGGCACUGGUGGCGCAUAAGGUUUGUCUUCUGGAGUACAGCAUAAUGACAGGUUUCGAUGCAACUGAUAUGUUUAUGUUAUUCCGUUCGAACAUCCUUGAUGCUGUGAUUGAGAAACUUUCGGAGAAUUUUACACGUCAACCUUCGUAUGUUCAACAGUUCUACUAUGUAAGCUUCCUUACGCUAAAAACGAACUUAUGCCGCAUGCAAGUAUCCGGACAAUCGCGAGCAAACGAUCUAAAUAGUCUACUUAUGUUACAUUCGGUUCUGAUUGCAUUUAAAAGUCUACUACGACCAUCUGAUCUAACCAGCCAUGACAAAGGUCCAGCAGAAAAUCUUGCAAUGGUCCUGUCUGAAUCUGUUCCCGACGUUGAUAAGGUUUUAUUGCAUUUGGACCCAAAGGAUUUCACAGUUGAACCACCAACAUUGCAAAGUUUACAACAACUUAUUCAAUGGGUAGCUGACUUGGCUCUAAAUAUUUUGGCCAAACUUCCACAAAAUAUUGUCCAACAUAAUAAAAAUAAUGGCUAUGACAUCAGUAAAGAUAUUGUUGCACUAAAUAGCAUUCGUGAACUACUUGUAAUGAUUCGAAUAUGGGGUCUUUUAAAUACACAUUGCUUACCAAUGUUUUUGAAAUCAAUUGAAAAUCUUGACAUACUCGCUACAUUGUUUCGUUUACUCACACGACUGGCAUUGAAUCCAUCGGAACCGGAUGAAGUACUUCUGGACGAAUGUUGUGUUUUACCUACACAAGUUUUGAUACCCCAACUACAGACAACUACCUCAAAUGUAUCUCUGAAUUCACCGUUGAUAUUUUACAAGCCACCACCGCUGUUUUUCCAGUACAAUGUUGAAUUGGAUUAUAUAAAAAUUUUCAAUGAACAACCACAAAUUGAAGGUUUUCUAUGCAAUGAUGGAGUAUUAGAUAGUGUAAGAAAUAUACAGCUGGGCAAGAAGCCGGUAGCAGUACGUCAAUGUCUUCGAUGUGGAGCUUAUAAUAGUUAUAAUAGUGUUGCCAAAACUGCAGCAAUGAAGGCAUGGGAACAACGAUGGAAUCGAUGUCGAUGUGGAGGCUAUUGGAAGCUUACGAUGCCUUAUGCUUGUAAACAGCGGACUGAAACGCCAAGAUUUUAAAUAAAAUAUGUAUGUAGAUUGUAAGAAUAUUACAUUUUCAUGUAAACUAUUAAUUUGACAAGAAGUAAAUAUAGAU